AUGGCGCACGGGUUUAGCCAAGCUGUGAUUGCUGAAGCCAUACGAAAUGCAGACCCGGCUGCGCAGAUUUCAGAUGGUUUGGUUGUGCAUCUGGCAGCUGAGCUGCAACCUCUCUUCUCGACCAGAGUUGCUGCCUACGGUAGAGAAACUUGUGCCCAAGAGUUGCUCCCCUUGCCUCGGAGCUGUUCUGCGUGCAAAACCCGGCUAGCUGAAUGCAGAGGUUCUGCCACGCCUGCGGCAGUGAUAGACCUUUGUGGAGUCGUUGAAAAGCUGCAUGUUCCACUGCGGUGUAGAAAGCCUUCAUGCCCGGAGUUUGGGGUGCUUCCUUGGUACAACUACUGCGUACGCAAAGGCAAGCAUGUGUUCCAGGGAGAGCUGCCACUCUUGCAAUGUUUCAUGCUAUCCUCGAGCUUUGGUUUUAGUAUCCCUUGGCUGCGCCAGUUCCCCCUGCGUUUGGUGCGUCAGCACGCAUCAUUCACGAGUGAAGCCGACGUACUGACGGCGCAAGCUGCCACCAAUUCGCAGCUGCAUCGUCUCCCCACUUCACGCUUGCGGCUGCUGAUCAGCCAGGGAUGGUUCACCUGGCGCUUGCUGACGCGUGGGCUUGAAGCCGGCUUGGAUUUGUCUGUGGUAGAUUUUCAAUCUCCCAUGGAGGACACGGCGUGCAGGUUCUUGGGUCCAUUGCAAGCAGCAUUCAGCCGGAAGGCCGUGGAAGGUGCUCAGCGUGCCAAAAUGCGGUGCGAUGUUAUUGUUUUAGAUGGCAAUGCAAAGAACCGGAGGGCAGUCUGCGAUGUUGAGAUUCUACAACACAAGUCUAUCAAUGAUGGGCAGCAACUGAUGGUUUUGCUCCAGGAAACGACCGAACCUCGCAGGGAGGCUUGGGUCUUGGAUUCCGCCGUGCCAGACACUGUCUUGAGCAAGUACUUGCGGCAAGUUGGGGCGGAGAAGCUGAAACUUCGCAAGCGUACUCAUGAACCCCAACCUUCAGACACUGCAGGGCCUUCUCCCGCACCGCCGCUGUUGCAGGCGCAGGUUGAACCCGUGGCAGAGCUUGAGCAAUGUUCAGAUCCAGCGGAUUUAGCGUCUGUUGCAUGUUCAACGCACAAGGAAAGCAGUACUGCCCAGAGGCAACUUGCCAAGUCAGCGGGCAUGCUUUGCGUAUGCUUGUCCGAGGGCCUUAUUUUGCACAUGCAAGAGAUUUAUGGCUGCGAGUCUCUGAGCCAGCGCUACUUCUGCGUCGCUGCUGUCAAAGCUUUGCUGCCGACCGUGACGACAGUGGUGCACGAUGAUGCGUGCCACUUGCACAAGUAUUGCGCGCGUCGAGCAGCGCACUCUCAAGCUGCGGCGCAGUUGUCGCCACCUCACAUGACCUUUGUCUGCGACAAGUUCCACAUGGCAGGCCACACGGAUGCUUGGUGCAAGCAAACAUGUGACCCGGAGCUCCCGUCCAACUCCGCUCUUCUCGCUGGUGUCAGGACUUCAGUUUGCGAGUUCACCUUCACAUGGCUCAGCAAAUACAAGCACCAAACCAAGCACAUGAACGAAUACGGUUUUCAGUUCUUCUUGCUCGACAUGGCGUGGAGCCACAAUGAAAUCAUUUUGCAGGGAGGCUACAGGCCGGAGGAGGUAGCUGGCUCUUUGGAUGCUGAGGAUGUUGCGUAG